CGAACCGCACAAACACACACUGUGAGUCUGUGAUUAUUCAACUACUGCAGAUUUCGUGGGCUUUUCUUGAUUACUCCAUUUCCCCCAUUCCAUUCUUUACCUCAAACAUUCAUCAACUACAGAUUGCAAAUGAUGGAACAAUCUUUCGAUUACACUAAACCCGAAAACGGGUUAUAUGUUGAUCAAAGGCAUGUGUCUCAUUUUCUUCCUGUGAUGAACCACAAUGAACCCAUUAAAGAUGACUGGAAGACCAAUAUUCCACCAAGAUUCAACAAUAAUAAUUCAACACUUGUUGAAAAUAGAUCAGUGAUGUUUUCAAGAAACAAGAAAAAGAUUCAACAAACACCUACUAACCCAUCAAGGUCUAGUCCUUUGAGGAGAUUUCUGGACCCAUUGUUGAACCCCAAAGGAGCCCAUUUGGCCCAAAAGGUUCACCAACCAAAACUAGAGCCAACUAGUCUCGCUUUCGCCCCGAAUGAGUUACUGCAUAGCAAGAAACAUAGAUCAUGUAAUGUUCAGGCUCUUUUACAGCUUAGGCUGAAGAGCGGGAUUCCGUUUUUCAAACUUGUUGUUGAAGGCAGCAGUGACAUUCUAGCUGCUGCUGUGAAAAAAAUACCGUCUGGUAACAAUGACACAAGUUUGAUUUACGCGUUUUAUUCUGUACACGACGCCAAGAAGAAGAGUGGAGGUUGGAUGUAUAAGGAAAAAAGUUACUGCUUUGAGUACAAUAUGGUUGGACAAAUGAAGAUUUGUAGUUCAUACCAUGCUGAGUUUAAUGGUAGUGAAAAAGGGCUAUGUGUCGUGCGAGAGUCGGUCUUAUAUAGCUCUGGGACGACGCGCGCAGAUCAGGGAACAGUUCUAGAAGGGGAGCUAGCUGCUAUAAUUGUCAAGAAUCCGAGUGAUGAAAGUUGUGGAGGUAUUGGGGGCUCUAGAACAACGACUGUUGUUCUUCCGGAUAGCGUUCAUAGUUGGCCGAACGGUGGAUCCCCGUCACCUUCUCCGUUGAUAAAGAGAUGGAGAUUUGGUGGAUUAUGUGACUGUGGAGGCUGGGACAUUGGUUGUCAAUUUCAUGUGCUCGGUAGCCAUCAGAAUGAAAUGGUCAAGCCUCCAUCUACCUCAAAUCGUCUCGACCUUUGUUAUCAGGUUGGGCACAAGAACAAGCGUGGUUUUCGGUUGGUUUCGGUUGAGGAUGGACUUUACUCGCUUGAAUAUGAUCCCUCAAUGUCAUUGCUUCAAGCAUUCUCCAUCUGUGUAGCAGUUGUAAGUAGCCAGAAGUUGAGUCAUAUAUUUGAAGUCAGUUAUGUUCCAGAGUCGAAAGACUUGUCUAGACCGAUGGCGACAGACAAUGAGAGAGUCAACGGUCGGGUUUCAGAAUCACACGCGUCACCUGUUGCUUGGGUGUAGAGACAUUAGUUUUAGAGAUGAUAAUAGAGUGCACCUAUGUGGAAAAUUGCAGGCUAACUUUGAGCUGCUAUGCUAAUAUGUUUGCUUGAAAAGUAACCAAAAUGCAUGUUUACAUAUAAUGUUACAUAAAAGAUAUGGGGUGUAUGACUA